GGCGAGAAGGACCAAUCACGAACCCGUCUGGGAAAUUUCUCGGGACAUUCUUGGGUCUCUGGUCUUCCCAACAUUUCCAUUUCCACUUUUUUGCUGGAGUAUCCCAGACCCGACGCCGACUUCCCAACUCAGGCGGGGCUCGCCAGAACCAGCCCCGUCAGUCGCAGCCGACCCGACCUUGCUUCGCGCGCAACAUAACCGCAAGCCUUUUCUCUCCCGACUCCCGUCUCCCGCUCGCGUUCUUGAACUCCGCAACCUCACUUUCUCCAUUAACCAAUAUACCCGUGUCGCCCUCACACAACAUCUUUCACAAUGGCUGUUCCCGCUUUCUCUGAUAUCGCCAAGUCGGCCAACGACCUCCUCAACAAGGACUUCUACCACCUCUCUGCCGGCACCAUUGAGGUCAAGUCCAACACCCCCAACAAUGUCGCCUUCAAGGUUACCGGCAAGUCCAGCCACGACAAGGCCACCAGCGGUGCUCUCGAGGGCAAAUUCACCGACAAGCCCAAUGGUACAUAUCACCCUUCUCUUACAUCUUCGUCUUCUUUUUCUGCUCCCUUUUCUGGUCAUCUUCCUCCCGGCGGACCGCUGCCUCCAGCCUAUUGUUGUGCCCAUCGCUGUUUCCAUGGCUUUGAGAAAACCAAGCAGAGCACACCUCCCGGCUACUGCAUCGUUCACAGACGCGUCCAUCAAAGCGACAAAGCCAGGAAUUGUCGUCCCGACGGAAGUUCAGCCGCCGGCGACAAUGGUACUGCCAACGUGAAACCAAAGCAGAGGAUUUCAGCGCCUGUCCGGCCUCCGGUAGAGACGAACUUCUCUCUAGACGGGAUCAUGGGUCCUCGGAUUUGGGGACGACCCGUCAACUUCAGCUUUUACUAUAGUCCGUAUGCGAACCACACGACAAUGCUAAUGUACUGGCGAACAACAGGCUUGACCGUCACCCAGACCUGGAACACUGCCAACGCCCUUGAGACCAAGGUCGAGAUGGCCGACAACCUCGCCAAGGGUCUCAAGGCUGAGGGUAUCUUCUCCUUCCUCCCCGCCACCAACGCUCGCGGCGCCAAGUUCAACCUCCACUUCAAGCAGAGCAACUUCCACGGCCGUGCUUUCUUCGACCUCCUAAAGGGCCCCACCGCCAACAUCGACGCCAUUGUCGGCCACGAGGGUUUCCUCGCUGGUGCCUCCGCCGGCUACGAUGUCCAGAAGGCUGCCAUCACUGGCUACAGCGCCGCCGUUGGCUAUCACGCCCCUACCUACAGCGCUGCCAUCACCGCUACUGACAACCUGAGCGUCUUCUCCGCUUCUUACUACCACAAGGUCAACUCCCAGGUCGAGGCUGGCUCCAAGGCCACCUGGAACUCCAAGAGCGGUAACACCGUCGGCCUCGAGGUCGCCACCAAGUACCGUAUCGACCCUGUCUCUUUCGUCAAGGGCAAGAUCAACGACCGUGGUGUCGCUGCCGUUGCCUACAACGUUCUCCUCCGUGAGGGCGUCACCCUCGGUGUUGGUGCCUCUUUCGAUACCCAGAAGCUUGACCAGGCCACCCACAAGGUCGGCACCAGCUUUACCUUCGAGUCUUAGAGUAAUCGCAGGACAAAUGAGACGGAGCAGGAGCAUCAUAGGAUUCCUUCGGAAACAACAUUUUCAACUGGAAUAGAUAAUCCCCCUUUGCUGGCAUCGUGGAGCCUCCCCUUUCAGUGAUGUUUUAUUUUAUGAGACAGUGAAGAUGACGACGUUGCGCGCCCUGCUUCGGGUGGCUGACGAGUUUGUGUAUACUGGUUUGAGUUUAUGUGUAACGAAGAGGGCCAAAAGUUCUUGAUAGAGUUGUAGCGUCUUUGAUGGACAUGGUUACUGUAGUUAGACUGGAGGUGGAAACCAAGCGCGAUCUUUAGAGUAUAAAUACCCAUAGCGAUUUCAAACACGCUCAUUCAGUACUUCUCAAGAAA